AUGCCCUCCACCGUCCACGGCAUCGCCUCGAGCGAGCUCCACGACAAGAUCAAGCUCCUCAUCCACGCGCUCGUCAACAUCCAAGACACGACUGGCGAGUUCCUCCUCACGCUACCCGACGGCCGCGUAAUCGACACAAAAGGCUGGAACGACUGGGAAUGGACGCACGGCAUAGGGCUCUACGGAAUAUGGCAGUACUUUCAAGCCACCGGUGAUACCCAGUACCUACGCAUCAUCGAGGACUGGUUCCGGGCGCGGUUCGACGCUGGCGGCACCUCCAAGAACAUCAACACCAUGGCUGUCUUCCUCACCCUCGCGUACGUCUACGAACACACUCGCGAACCAACAUACCUCCCCUGGCUCGAUUCCUGGGCCGAAUGGGCCUACCACGACCUCGAACGUACAAAGUACGGCGGCAUGCAGCACAUCACGUACUUGGAGGAGAAUGACCAGCAGCUCUGGGACGACACUCUCAUGAUGACCGUCCUGCCGCUCGCCAAGAUUGGCCUCGUGCUCGGCCGUCCACACUACGUUGCCGAAGCGAAGCGGCAGUUCCUCCUGCACGUGCAAUACCUCUUCGACUCGCGGACGGGACUCUUCUUCCACGGCUGGACCUUCAACGACGGCGGCCACAACUUUGCCAACGCGCGCUGGGCACGCGGCAACAGCUGGCUGACCAUCGCCAUCCCCGAGUUCAUCGAGCUGCUCGACCUCGCGCCCGAGGACCCGCUCCGCGCGCACCUCGAGCAUACCCUCGCCGCGCAGUGCGAGGCGCUCCAAAAGCUGCAGGCCCAGAGCGGGCUCUGGCGCACGCUGCUCGACGUGUCUGAGGAGGAGGGAUCAUACGUCGAGGCCAGUGCUACCGCGGGCUUCGCCUUUGGCAUGCUCAAGGCGCAGCGGCGGCGGUACGUGGACAAGGGCUACGAGGAGACGGCGGUUCGCGCCGUGCGCGCCGUGCUGGACAACGUGAGCGACGAGGGUGAGCUGUUGAAUACGUCGUUUGGCACGGCCAUGGGACGGGACUUGGCGUUUUACAAGAAGAUCCCCAUCACGUCUAUGCCGUACGGACAGGCCAUGGCUAUCAUGGCGCUGGUCGAGAUGCUGAGAGCGUACAUAUAG